GACAACAUGGCGGCCGGGAGAAGUUCCCCCCGCCCCCCGCACACCGCCAGGCCUCCGGACGCUGAGACUGGGCGCGAAGUGGGCAGGAGUCAGCGAGGCCAUCUCGCGCCCGUGCGCACCGCUGUAGGGUCAUCUCCAGCGCUGGCACCUGGCUCAGCCCUCCUGGCCCCUGGGCUUCUCGAAAUGGCCACACUGCCCCCCACUUCGCGGCCUGGUUCCGCCCUUUCUUGGCCUCAGGUGCUGCACAGGCCACGCCCUCUGUUCCGAGCCCUUCUUGCCACCUGCCCUCCCUCAUGGCUCCCGCUCUUCCUCACUCUGGUCGUCUCGGGAGGCCUUCUCUGGAUGGAGACCCGGCUAGGUCCCCGUAACUUGACCUCAGCAGCCUGUUUUGCCUUCGUAGCCCACAGCCCACUUGUAAUUCUGUGUUCCAGGACCUAUAUCCAGACUUUGCCUGACACUGCAGGGUCCAAGAGAAUUAAAGAAAUACGGAAUGACAUGAAGAAGAUUAGUUAAGGAUUAUAGGCUUUGAGGGCAAACACCUCAGUGAAGUGAAGCACAGGCAAGCUCCUGAGCUGUGGUUUGGAGGAGCCGUGUGUUGGAAGAAGAUGGCAGAUCCAGGAAUGAUGAGUCUUUUUGGCGAGGAUGGGAAUAUUUUCAGUGAAGGUCUUGAAGGCCUCGGAGAAUGUGGUUACCCGGAAAAUCCAGUAAAUCCUAUGGGUCAGCAAAUGCCAAUAGACCAAGGCUUUGCCUCUUUACAGCCAUCCCUUCAUCAUCCUUCAACUAAUCAAAAUCAAACAAAGCUGACACAUUUUGAUCACUAUAAUCAGUAUGAACAACAAAAGAUGCAUCUGAUGGAUCAGCCGAACAGAAUGAUGAGCAGCACCCCUGGGAACGGACUCGCGUCUCCGCACUCGCAGUAUCACACCCCUCCCGUUCCUCAGGUGCCCCAUGGUGGCAGUGGUGGCGGUCAGAUGGGUGUCUACCCUGGCAUGCAGAAUGAGAGGCAUGGGCAAUCCUUUGUGGACAGCAGCUCCAUGUGGGGCCCCAGGGCUGUUCAGGUACCAGACCAGAUACGAGCCCCCUACCAGCAGCAGCAGCCACAGCCGCAGCCACCGCAGCCGGCUCCGUCGGGGCCCCCUGCACAGGGCCACCCUCAGCACAUGCAGCAGAUGGGCAGCUAUAUGGCACGUGGGGAUUUUUCCAUGCAGCAGCAUGGUCAGCCACAGCAGAGGAUGAGCCAGUUUUCCCAAGGCCAAGAGGGCCUCAAUCAGGGAAAUCCUUUUAUUGCCACCUCAGGACCUGGCCACUUGUCCCACGUGCCCCAGCAGAGUCCCAGCAUGGCACCUUCCUUGCGUCACUCGGUGCAGCAGUUCCAUCACCACCCCUCUACUGCUCUCCAUGGAGAAUCCGUUGCCCACAGUCCCAGAUUCUCCCCGAAUCCUCCCCAACAAGGGGCUGUUAGGCCACAAACCCUUAACUUUAGUUCUCGGAGCCAGACAGUCCCCUCUCCUACUAUAAACAACUCAGGGCAGUAUUCUCGAUAUCCUUACAGUAACCUAAAUCAGGGAUUAGUUAACAAUACAGGGAUGAAUCAAAAUUUAGGCCUUACAAAUAAUACUCCAAUGAAUCAGUCCGUACCAAGAUACCCCAAUGCUGUAGGAUUCCCAUCAAACAGUGGUCAAGGACUAAUGCACCAGCAGCCCAUCCACCCCAGUGGCUCACUUAACCAAAUGAACACACAAACUAUGCAUCCUUCACAGCCUCAGGGAACUUAUGCCUCUCCACCUCCCAUGUCACCCAUGAAAGCAAUGAGUAAUCCAGCAGGCACUCCUCCUCCACAAGUCAGGCCGGGAAGUGCUGGGAUACCAAUGGAAGUUGGCAGUUAUCCAAAUAUGCCCCAUCCUCAGCCAUCUCACCAGCCCCCUGGUGCCAUGGGAAUCGGACAGAGGAAUAUGGGCCCCAGAAACAUGCAGCAGUCUCGUCCAUUUAUAGGCAUGUCCUCGGCACCAAGGGAAUUGACUGGGCACAUGAGGCCAAAUGGUUGUCCUGGUGUUGGCCUUGGAGACCCACAAGCAAUCCAGGAACGACUGAUACCUGGCCAACAACAUCCUGGUCAACAGCCAUCUUUUCAGCAGUUGCCAACCUGUCCUCCACUGCAGCCUCACCCGGGCUUGCACCACCAGUCUUCACCUCCACACCCUCAUCACCAGCCUUGGGCACAGCUCCACCCAUCACCCCAGAACACCCCGCAGAAAGUGCCUGUGCAUCAGCAUUCCCCCUCGGAGCCCUUUCUAGAGAAACCAGUGCCGGAUAUGACUCAGGUUAGUGGACCGAAUGCUCAGCUAGUGAAGAGUGAUGAUUACCUGCCAUCAAUAGAACAGCAGCCACAACAAAAGAAGAAGAAAAAGAAAAACAACCACAUUGUAGCAGAGGAUCCCAGUAAACGUUUUGGUAAAGAUGACUUCCCUGGUGGGGUAGAUAACCAAGAACUAAAUAGGAACUCACUGGAUGGGUCCCAAGAAGAAAAAAAGAAAAAGAAAAGGUCAAAGGCAAAAAAAGACCCGAAGGAACCGAAGGAACCCAAGGAGAAAAAAGAGCCCAAGGAACCCAAGACCCCGAAAGCCCCUAAGAUUCCCAAAGAGCCAAAGGAAAAGAAAGCAAAAACUGCCACGCCAAAACCCAAAUCCAGCAAAAAGUCAAGUAAUAAGAAACCUGACUCAGAAGCAAGUGCUUUGAAGAAAAAGGUCAACAAGGGAAAAACAGAAGGUUCUGAAAAUUCAGACUUAGACAAAACACCCCCACCAUCUCCUCCUCCUGAAGAAGAUGAGGACCCAGGUGUUCAGAAGAGACGGUCCAGCAGACAGGUGAAGAGAAAGCGCUACACUGAAGACCUGGAGUUCAAGAUUUCUGAUGAGGAGGCAGAUGAUGCAGAUGCUGCUGGGAGGGAUUCCCCCUCCAACACCUCCCAGUCAGAACAGCAGGAAUCUGUUGAUGCAGAAGGCCCAGUGGUAGAAAAAAUUAUGAGCAGUCGUUCAGUAAAAAAGCAGAAGGAAUCUGGAGAGGAGGUAGAAAUUGAGGAAUUCUAUGUGAAAUACAAAAACUUCUCUUAUCUUCAUUGUCAGUGGGCAUCUAUAGAAGAUCUGGAAAAAGAUAAGAGAAUUCAGCAAAAAAUUAAACGAUUUAAGGCAAAGCAGGGCCAGAACAAGUUCCUUUCAGAGAUUGAGGAUGAGCUUUUUAAUCCAGAUUAUGUGGAGGUUGACCGGAUAAUGGACUUUGCACGUAGCACAGAUGACCGGGGAGAGCCUGUGACUCACUAUCUGGUGAAGUGGUGUUCACUUCCUUAUGAAGACAGCACGUGGGAGCGGAGGCAGGACAUAGAUCAAGCAAAGAUCGAGGAGUUUGAGAAACUAAUGUCCAGGGAGCCGGAAACAGAGCGUGUGGAGCGACCUCCUGCUGAUGAUUGGAAGAAAUCGGAGAGUUCCAGGGAGUAUAAAAACAAUAACAAACUCAGGGAAUACCAGUUGGAGGGAGUAAACUGGCUACUUUUCAAUUGGUACAACAUGCGAAACUGCAUUUUAGCAGAUGAAAUGGGUUUGGGAAAAACUAUCCAGUCCAUUACAUUUCUCUAUGAGAUAUAUUUGAAAGGAAUCCAUGGCCCUUUUUUAGUAAUUGCCCCAUUGUCCACAAUCCCCAACUGGGAAAGGGAAUUCCGAACCUGGACAGAGUUGAACGUGGUUGUGUAUCAUGGGAGUCAAGCUAGUCGUCGGACCAUUCAGUUGUAUGAAAUGUACUUCAAAGAUCCCCAGGGUCGAGUGAUAAAGGGGUCCUAUAAGUUUCAUGCCAUCAUCACUACAUUUGAGAUGAUUUUGACUGAUUGUCCUGAGCUGCGGAAUAUUCCAUGGCGCUGUGUAGUCAUUGAUGAAGCCCACAGGCUGAAGAACAGGAACUGCAAGCUGUUGGAGGGACUCAAGAUGAUGGACUUGGAACACAAAGUGCUGCUGACGGGAACCCCACUCCAGAACACUGUGGAAGAACUCUUCAGCUUGCUUCAUUUCUUGGAACCAAGUCGCUUCCCUUCAGAAACCACAUUUAUGCAAGAAUUUGGUGAUCUAAAAACAGAAGAGCAGGUGCAAAAACUUCAAGCUAUUCUAAAGCCAAUGAUGUUGAGACGUCUCAAAGAGGAUGUAGAAAAGAACUUGGCCCCCAAAGAAGAAACUAUUAUUGAAGUUGAGCUAACAAACAUUCAGAAGAAAUAUUACCGAGCCAUCCUUGAGAAGAAUUUCACAUUUCUUUCCAAAGGCGGUGGGCAAGCUAAUGUACCUAACCUAUUAAACACUAUGAUGGAAUUGCGGAAGUGCUGCAAUCAUCCGUACCUUAUCAAUGGUGCUGAAGAGAAAAUUUUGGAAGAGUUUAAAGAAACACACAAUGCAGAGUCUCCAGAUUUUCAGCUCCAGGCAAUGAUCCAGGCUGCUGGCAAGCUAGUGCUGAUUGACAAGCUGCUGCCGAAACUGAAGGCUGGUGGCCACAGGGUGCUUAUCUUUUCCCAGAUGGUGCGCUGCUUGGACAUACUGGAAGACUACCUCAUUCAAAGACGGUACCCAUAUGAAAGGAUCGACGGCCGAGUAAGAGGCAACCUCCGCCAGGCAGCUAUCGACAGAUUCUCCAAACCUGAUUCUGAUAGGUUUGUUUUCCUCCUGUGUACAAGGGCAGGAGGUUUAGGCAUUAACCUCACUGCUGCUGAUACCUGCAUCAUCUUUGAUUCAGACUGGAAUCCCCAAAAUGACCUCCAGGCUCAGGCUAGAUGUCAUAGAAUAGGACAGAGCAAAUCUGUGAAAAUCUACAGGCUGAUUACAAGAAAUUCCUAUGAAAGGGAAAUGUUCGACAAGGCUAGUUUGAAACUGGGCCUGGAUAAAGCUGUGCUACAGUCUAUGAGUGGAAGAGAAAAUGCUACCAAUGGGGUACAACAGCUUUCCAAGAAAGAAAUAGAGGAUCUUCUACGAAAAGGGGCCUAUGGCGCACUCAUGGAUGAGGAGGAUGAAGGGUCUAAAUUCUGUGAAGAAGAUAUUGAUCAGAUCCUCCUACGUCGAACCCACACCAUUACCAUUGAGUCGGAAGGGAAAGGUUCCACAUUUGCUAAGGCCAGUUUUGUUGCAUCUGGAAAUAGGACAGAUAUUUCCUUGGAUGAUCCAAAUUUCUGGCAAAAGUGGGCUAAGAAGGCUGAAUUGGAUAUUGAUGCCUUAAAUGGGAGGAACAACCUGGUUAUUGAUACUCCAAGAGUGAGAAAGCAGACCAGGCUCUACAGUGCAGUGAAGGAAGAUGAGCUGAUGGAGUUCUCAGACUUGGAAAGUGAUUCUGAAGAAAAGCCCUGUGCAAAGCCACGGCGUCCCCAGGAUAAGUCACAGGGCUAUGCAAGGAGUGAAUGUUUCAGGGUGGAGAAGAAUCUGCUUGUCUAUGGUUGGGGACGGUGGACAGACAUUCUUUCCCACGGACGCUAUAAACGCCAACUCACUGAGCAAGAUGUAGAAACCAUCUGCAGAACCAUCCUGGUGUACUGUCUUAAUCAUUACAAAGGGGAUGAGAAUAUCAAAAGCUUCAUCUGGGAUCUGAUCACACCCACAGCAGAUGGCCAGACUCGAGCCUUGGUCAACCAUUCCGGUUUGUCAGCUCCUGUGCCAAGGGGAAGGAAGGGAAAGAAGGUGAAAGCCCAGAGCACACAGCCGGUGGUGCAGGAUGCCGACUGGCUGGCCAGCUGCAACCCAGAUGCCCUGUUCCAGGAGGACAGCUACAAGAAACACCUGAAGCAUCACUGUAACAAUUCAGGCAACAAUGCUACUGAUCAGCUCUAUGUCCUAGCUUCGUGUGACCUUGAGCAAGUUAUUCAGCCUCUUGAGGACUCACUUUCCUGGGUCCUGCUGCGUGUCCGCAUGCUGUACUACCUAAGACAAGAAGUGAUAGGAGACCAGGCAGAUAAGAUCUUAGAGGGUGCUGACUCAAGUGAAGCCGAUGUGUGGAUCCCUGAACCUUUCCAUGCUGAAGUUCCUGCAGAUUGGUGGGAUAAGGAAGCAGACAAAUCCCUCUUAAUUGGAGUGUUCAAACAUGGCUAUGAGAAGUACAACUCCAUGCGAGCUGACCCCGCGCUGUGCUUUCUGGAACGAGUCGGUAUGCCUGAUGCCAAGGCCAUAGCUGCCGAGCAAAGAGGAACAGACAUGCUAGCAGAUGGUGGUGACGGGGGAGAAUUUGAUAGAGAAGAUGAAGACCCAGAAUAUAAACCAACCAGAACACCGUUCAAAGAUGAAAUAGAUGAAUUUGCAAAUUCUCCUUCAGAGGAUAAGGAAGAAUCCAUGGAAAUACAUGCCACAGGCAAGCACAGUGAGAGUAAUGCUGAGUUAGGCCAACUUUACUGGCCUAACACUUCAACCCUGACUACACGUCUGCGCCGGCUCAUUACUGCCUAUCAGCGCAGCUAUAAAAGGCAACAGAUGAGGCAAGAGGCCCUAAUGAAGACUGACCGGCGCAGACGGCGGCCUCGAGAGGAAGUGAGAGCUCUGGAAGCGGAAAGGGAAGCUAUUAUAUCUGAGAAGCGGCAAAAGUGGACAAGAAGAGAAGAGGCUGAUUUUUACCGUGUGGUAUCCACCUUUGGGGUUAUUUUUGACCCUGUGAAACAGCAAUUUGACUGGAACCAAUUUCGAGCCUUUGCCAGGCUUGACAAAAAAUCUGAUGAGAGUUUGGAGAAAUACUUCAGUUGUUUUGUGGCCAUGUGUAGGCGAGUAUGUCGAAUGCCCGUCAAGCCAGAUGAUGAACCGCCCGACCUCUCCUCCAUAAUUGAGCCGAUCACAGAGGAGCGAGCCUCUCGAACUCUGUACCGCAUUGAGCUCCUACGGAAGAUCCGCGAGCAGGUUCUCCAUCACCCCCAGCUGGGAGAGAGGCUUAAGCUCUGCCAGCCAAGCUUGGAUCUGCCGGAGUGGUGGGAGUGUGGACGGCAUGACCGAGACUUGCUGGUUGGUGCUGCUAAACACGGGGUCAGUCGGACGGAUUAUCACAUCCUCAAUGACCCUGAGUUAUCCUUCUUGGAUGCACAUAAAAACUUUGCUCAAAACAGAGGGGCAGGUAAUACAUCUUCCUUGAACCCACUCGCAGUUGGAUUUGUCCAGACUCCUCCAGUCAUCUCAUCUGCUCAUAUUCAAGAUGAGAGGGUACUGGAACAAGCCGAAGGCAAAGUGGAGGAGUCUGAAAACCCAGCUGCCAAGGAGAAAUGUGAGGGCAAAGAAGAGGAAGAAGAAACCGAUGGCAGCGGGAAGGAGAGCAAGCAGGAAUGUGAGGCAGAGGCCAGCUCUGUGAAAAAUGAACUGAAAGGUGCUGAGGUCGGCGCAGACACUGGGUCCAAAUCUAUUUCAGAGAAAGGUUCCGAAGAGGAUGAAGAGGAAAAGCUGGAGGAUGACGAUAAGUCGGAAGAGUCUUCCCAGCCCGAAGCAGGAGCUGUCUCUAGAGGGAAGAAUUUUGAUGAAGAAAGCAAUGCUUCCAUGAGCACUGCUAGAGAUGAAACCCGAGAUGGAUUCUACAUGGAGGAUGGAGAUCCUUCAGUAGCUCAGCUCCUUCAUGAAAGAACAUUUGCCUUCUCGUUUUGGCCUAAGGAUAGAGUAAUGAUAAACCGCUUAGACAACAUCUGUGAAGCAGUGUUGAAAGGCAAAUGGCCAGUAAAUAGGCGCCAGAUGUUUGAUUUCCAAGGCCUCAUCCCAGGUUACACACCCACCACAGUGGACAGCCCCUUGCAGAAGAGGAGCUUUGCUGAGCUCUCCAUGGUCGGCCAAGCCAGCAUUAGUGGGAGUGAGGACAUCACUACGUCUCCUCAGUUGUCAAAGGAAGAUGCCCUCAACCUCUCUGUCCCUCGCCAGCGGAGGAGGAGGAGGAGAAAAAUCGAAAUUGAGGCCGAAAGAGCUGCCAAGAGGCGAAAUCUCAUGGAGAUGGUUGCCCAGCUUCGAGAGUCUCAGGUGGUCUCAGAAAAUGGACAAGAAAAAGUUGUAGAUUUAUCAAAGGCCUCAAGAGAGGCAACAAGCUCUACCUCAAAUUUUUCAUCUCUUUCUUCAAAGUUUAUCUUGCCUAAUGUCUCAACACCAGUGUCUGAUGCCUUUAAGACUCAAAUGGAACUGCUCCAAGCAGGCCUUUCGCGCACACCCACAAGGCAUCUCCUUAAUGGCUCCCUAGUGGAUGGAGAGCCUCCCAUGAAGAGGAGGCGGGGAAGGAGGAAAAAUGUGGAGGGACUUGAUCUGCUUUUCAUGAGCCACAAACGGACGUCAUUGAGUGCAGAGGAUGCUGAGGUGACCAAAGCUUUUGAAGAAGAUAUAGAGACCCCACCAACAAGAAACAUUCCUUCUCCCGGACAGCUGGACCCAGACACACGGAUCCCUGUUAUCAAUCUUGAAGAUGGGACUAGGCUGGUGGGGGAAGAUGCUCCUAAAAAUAAGGAUUUAGUUGAAUGGCUGAAGCUGCACCCUACUUACACUGUUGAUAUGCCAAGUUAUGUACCAAAGAAUGCAGAUGUGCUGUUUUCCUCAUUUCAGAAACCGAAACAGAAACGACAUAGAUGUCGAAACCCUAAUAAAUUGGAUAUAAACACUUUGACAGGAGAAGAAAGGGUGCCUGUUGUCAAUAAACGAAAUGGGAAGAAGAUGGGUGGAGCUAUGGCGCCUCCAAUGAAGGAUCUACCCAGGUGGCUGGAAGAAAAUCCUGAAUUUGCAGUUGCUCCAGACUGGACUGAUAUAGUUAAGCAGUCUGGUUUUGUUCCUGAGUCGAUGUUUGACCGCCUUCUCACUGGGCCUGUAGUGCGGGGAGAGGGAGCGAGCAGAAGAGGAAGAAGGCCCAAAAGUGAGAUCGCCAGAGCAGCCGCGGCCGCCGCUGCUGUGGCCUCCACGUCAGGGAUCAACCCUUUGCUGGUGAACAGCCUGUUUGCUGGAAUGGACCUGACGAGCCUUCAGAAUCUCCAGAAUCUCCAGUCGCUCCAGCUGGCAGGCCUCAUGGGCUUCCCUCCAGGACUGGCAACAGCUGCCACCGCCGGAGGCGAUGCGAAGAACCCUGCUGCUGUGCUGCCCCUGAUGCUGCCAGGAAUGGCGGGCCUGCCCAACGUGUUUGGCUUGGGCGGGCUGUUGAAUAACCCUCUGUCAGCUGCUACUGGAAACACCACUACUGCUUCUAGUCAAGGAGAACCGGAAGACAGCACUUCAAAAGGAGAGGAGAAAGGAAAUGAGAAUGAAGACGAGAACAAAGACUCUGAGAAAAGCACAGAUGCUGUUUCGGCUGCUGACUCUGCGAAUGGAUCUGUUGGUGCUGCUACUGCCCCGGCUGGAUUGCCCUCAAACCCGCUAGCCUUCAACCCUUUCCUCCUGUCCACAAUGGCCCCGGGCCUCUUCUACCCAUCCAUGUUUCUACCUCCAGGACUGGGGGGAUUGACGCUGCCUGGGUUCCCAGCAUUGGCAGGACUUCAGAAUGCCGUGGGCUCCAGCGAAGAAAAGGCUGCUGACAAGGCUGAGGGAGGACCCUUUAAAGAUGGAGAGACCCUUGAAGGCAGCGAUGCCGAGGAGAGCCUGGAUAAGACUGCAGAGUCCUCCCUCUUAGAAGACGAAAUAGCACAGGGUGAAGAGCUAGACUCACUUGAUGGGGGGGAUGAAAUAGAAAACAAUGAAAAUGAUGAAUAACCAGUACCAGUUCCAGUUCAAGUGUUUAAAACUUUUGACAAGUGGUAGUCCUACUGUUUACACUCACAGUUAAUGUUCAUACCUAGUUUUAUAAGCUGUUCUGUAACAUAGUGUAGCAAAAAAAAAAGUUCAAGUCAUGUUAUACAGGUGUGUCAAAAGGUAUCUUGGUCAUUAAGUAUUGUGCAGUGCAUUAUUUAUUAUCCCUAGGAGAGAUGAAAUUUGAGAGGUGAUCAUGUCUUUUUAAGGAAACUUACAUAAUGCUCUGCUUUUUUUUUUUUCUCUUGGUACCAUUGGUAUUAUAAUAAAGAGCAAUUUGUAACUGAGUGGCACUAAUGGAAGAAAGUGCUGCUCAAAGGAAGUAUGAAGUUAUAUAUUUAAUUUUUUAAUUUUAAUUUUUAAUUUUUUUGCUGUGAAGGUCAAGCUGAAAUUUACCAUACAUAUCAUACUUGCUCAUUUGUUUCCCUUUUUGACUGUAUGGGGGUUCCCACACUCGCGCAUACACACACAUCCAUACACUCUGACAAUCUCCACGCUAGUGUGAACGCCUCUGUCCCGAGGCGCAGCAAUAAUAAGGCAGCUGUUGAAUGUGAAGGGUCCCUUUGGAAAAUUAACCUACUGGGAGGGUUCUUGCCAGACAGAACUACAGUUCCAUUGUCUCGUGGUCUUGUAAUGCACUGGUAAAAACAAAUAGAUGAAUAAAUAAAGAGUGAGAGAAGAGAGAAUCAGGUACCUUUUUUAAAUUAAAGGACUUUGUUACUUUAGCCACAAAGCUAAAACAGCAUUACCUCAGCUCUAAACUAGCCUUGAAGUUUACAGACAUGACUUUGUAAAUGUAUUGUUUUUCUUUGUUGUGAUGUCCUUUUAUUUUUUUCUUUGAAAACUGCUAUCAUGUAAGAUAAAAUGUAAAUUGCUGCCAACUGUAGUAAUGAUGCUUUUAAUAAAAGUGACCCAUGAUAUGCA